AUGAUUAACAUGUAAUGGUAUAACUUUUCAGAAAAUGCCAUAUUGGAUUGCAUAUAUCAUGAAAUAGAGAAAACAUUCUAUGUGCUGGACAUCAUGAAUUGGAAGGACCACCCUGUUUAUGAUAGUGAUACUGACUUUCGUUUUUUCUGGAUGAUGAGCAAAAUGCAGGAGAUUCCAGAGGUUGGGGAAGUCAGCAAAUUGAAUCCAUACAAAUUCAUACCACUUCAGUAUCAUAGCUGUAAGAAAGAGAAUCUAGAAGAGUUAUUUAAAUCAACAACAACACAGUUUGAUGGUUGUCUAUUCUACCACAAGCAAGCCCACUACACGUUUGGUGCAUCUCCUUUAGUUGUUUGGUUAAAACCGUACAUGGUCGGAGAACUGCUUGGCAUUGAAAUUCCAGAUUGUAUGUUGCAACAGAAACCGGCGAACUAUUCUACGUAUGCUGCGCACAUGCAACAGGUGAAGGACAGGAAAGAGCACUUUGCGAAGGAGCUUGAGGAAAAGAAAGCGCAUAGGAAACAGAAACGUGGACAAGAUCGGUCAAAACAAUUUAAGAUGGAUGUAAGUCGAGAAUGUGAUGUUUCUGAUACUAGUAUAAGUAAUGAGGGGAAUAUCUCAAAAUCUAGCGUGAAUGACAGUAAUGUUAGUGAAGAUAUGGAACACCAGGUUGUUGCCAAUGGUAACAAUGUAACAUAAAUAUUGCAGUUAAAUAUAAUUUUAUGAAAUAAUGCAAAAAUUUGUGCUUAAAGUUCUUUUAACCAUGAAAAUUGAAGCUGCACAUGUAUUUCUUUUACUGUUGAACAGUUUGAUAUAACGUUUUUAGUUAUAGAAGUUUAGUUUAGUUUUAGAUUUUUUCCCCUUGAUAGAGUUGGAUAAUUUUCUUUUUUAAUGCACCAAAAUAGGGAAGAUCCCUGUAUUAGUUAUUGUUAAAAAGAUACUGUUAAAAGAAUUUUUUUUUAUGCUCCCGGAAGGUGUGCUAAUAGUCGUCGCUCCCUCUGUCCGUCCGUCCGCUUUUCUUGUCCGGGGACAUAACUUUGAAACAACAAAAGGUAUCAACAUGAAACUUUGUAGGUAGAUAGAUCUCAUUAAGUAGGUGUGCAAUGCACAAGAACCAUAACUCUGCCGUGCCUAAUUUUUGAAUUAUUGCCCUUUGUUUAUUUUUACACUUUGAAUUUUGUCUGGGACGUAACUCUAAAACUAUAAGAGGUAUCAACAUGAAACUUUGUAGGUAGAUAUAUCUUAUUGAAUAGGUGUGCAGUGCACAAGAACUGUAACUCUGCCUUGCCUAAUACUUGAAUUAUUGCCCUUUGUUUAUUUUUACACUUUGAACUUUGUCCGGUAAAUUACUCUAAAACUAUAAGAGGUAUCAAACAUGAAACUUUGUAGGUAGGUAGAUCUCAUUGAGUAGAAGUGGAUUGUUAAAGAACCAUAACUCUGUCUUGCCUAAUUUUGGACUUAUUGCCCUUUGUUUUUUUUUACACUUUGAACUUUGUCCAGGACAUUUCUGUAAAUCUAUAAGAGAUAUCAACAUGAAACGUUUUAGGUAGAUAGGUCUUAUUGUGUUGAAGUGCAUUGUGAAAGAACCAUAACUCUGCCUUGCCUUAUUUUGGAGUUUUUGCCCUUUGUUCAUUUUUAUACUUGAACUUUGUCCUGGACAUUACUCUAAAACUAUUUGUCCUGGAGAUUACUCUAAAACUAUAAGAGAUAUCACCAUGAAACUUUGUAGGUAGAUAGAUCUCAUUUGAUAGAACUGCAAUGCUAAAGAACCUAAACACAGCCUUGUCUAAUUUUGGAGUUAUUGCCCUUUGUUAAUUUUUACACUUUGAAUUUUACCCGGGACAUAACUCUGAAACUAUAAGAGAUAUCAUCACGAAACUUUAUAGAAAGAUAGAUCUUAUUGAAUAGAAGUGCAGUGCGUAAAACCAUAACUCUGCCUUGCCUUAUUUUGGAGUUUUUGCCUUUUGUUCAUUUAUUUUAUAUUUUCCUAAGUCAUUGUUUACAAAUGGAAGGAUAUUAUAAUCAAUGUUACUUUCAAGUUGAUAAAUCAAUGUUCAUAACAGGGAGGAUAUUUCUAUGUUUGUACAAAAGAAAAGGUAUUUUAAUGUUUAUAAAUCAAUGUUUACAAUAGGGAAAUUGUUUCAAUGUUGAUAAAUCAUGUUUACAACAGGAAGGUUUUUAAAUUUUGAUAAAUCAAUUUUUACCACUUGACAGGUUUUAUAAUGUUGAUAAUUUUUUACAUUGGAGAAGGUUAUUUAUUGUGAUAAGUCAAUGUUUACAAGAGGAAGGUUGUUAUAAUGUUGAUGUAUCAGGAAAGAUACUAUAAUGAAAAAUCAUUGUAACUGUCAAGUUGAUAAAUCAAUGUUACUUUCAAGUUGAUUAAUCAAUGUUUACAAUAGGGAAGGAAAGGCACAAACACUGUUGAGUAAAAAUUGCUGUUUUACUUUUGUUUUUGUUUUGCUUGUUUUAUUGCCAUUUAUUUUGAUAAGAAAUUCCAUUUA